CACCCAGUGGGAACGUGACGCGUGCGCACUGCUCUUUACAGCGUUUAUUUUUUAUUUUUCGGCAGCUUCUUACGCCUGCGCAGUGAGUACCGGUAUCAUAUGUGAGGUUGUCGAGACCGGUGCAGGGUGUCAGGAGAAUGGAGAACCCUGAUACCAGCCCUGAAAAUGAGAUGACUUCAUCCAGCAUCACCACCGCAUCAGACUCUACCAUAACCAUGAAGCUUCCUCAAAACAGUCCAUCCGAAGAACAAGAGGAGAUUCUCCUCCAAGAUGAAACCAUUGAUCUCGAUGCAGACACCUUUGGAUCAGAGGAAAAUGUCACCCUCUCGGAAGACUCGGGCAACUUGCUUGACAAAUUAAAUGAGCAAAUGAUGGAAAGUGUCAUCAUCUCCGACUCUCCCAACAUCAGUGAAGAUGACCCCGGAGACUUGGGCUGCUUACAAGACAUUGUGGACGAGAUAGAGAGCAGUGAUACAUUAGGACUUGAACAAGUGAUGGGUACAGAGUAUAAAGAACAAGUAGAGAGCAGUGCUAGUACUGAGCUUGAUGUUAGUCCAGAAGCCUCCGGGGCUGAGACACUGACUAUGAGCAGUGACUUUAUCCAGCCACAGAAUUUACCAGAUGAAGAACACGUGGAGGUGGAGAUAGUGUCACAAGGAGAGCACAAGGAAGAGCUGGUAACUCCGGUCAGCAAAUCCUCCCCAGCAGGAGAGACUAUCCCAGUCUGCACCAUCUUCAGUCAGUCUAAUUCUCAGCAAUCCUUCUUGGUCCAUGAUGGCUUUGAGCCUCAAAUGGUCAAAUCGCCCAGUUUUACCACAGAGAUGAAAAGUGCUGUUAAGACGCAAACCCAAGUCGUGCAGCCUAGUCCGAGCUUAAGCAACUUUUUCUCAGACAAUGGCACUACUAAUUCUCCAGCUGCAGACUUUUUUGAUUCCUUUACUACUUCAUCCAACUUUAUCUCUGUCAGUAACCCAAACGCAACUCCUGGUGCCCCCAAAAGGAGCUCUGCACCAAUAACACCAGACACCAGCACCUCCCAGGACCCCAUUGGCUUCUAUGUGGGAAAUACGACCCUUGAUUCUAGUGUGUCGUCAGCUUCAGUGGAAGUACCCCAGUCCCCAAAGCCAUUCUCACAGAUCCAUAGUGUGUUUGCUGGAAGUGAUGACCCCUUUGCCACAGCUCUUAACAUGAGUGAGAUGGACAGGAGAAAUGAUGCUUGGCUGUCCUCCGAGGAGACGAGGAACAUACUUAUUUCUGUAGCCACUCAACAGUACAAUCCAGUGUUUAUCGAUAAGGAGAAACUGACUAUGCCAGGCUUGAAAUUUGAUAACAUUCAGGGUGAUGCAGUGCGGGAACUGAUGCUGCGCUUCCUGGGGGAACAAGCUGCCAUGAAAAGACAGGUCCUUACCGCCAACUCUGUAGAACAGACCUUCCUGGGGCUCAAGCAGCUUCUUAAUAGCAAGAACUGGCGGGCUGCCGUCGACCUUAGCGGGAGGCUUCUGAAUGCCCAUGGGCAAGGGUAUGGCAAGAGUGGUCAGCCGACUAACCACACCACUGACUCACUGCAGCUCUGGUUUCUGAGGUUGUCUUUGUUGGUGAAACUUGGACUUUUCCAAAAUGCAGAAAUGGAGUUUGAACCUUUUAAAAACCUUGACCAGCCGGACCUCUACUAUGAAUAUUACCCUCAUGUUUAUCCGGGCCGCAGAGGCUCAAUGGUUCCUUUCUCCAUGAGGAUUUUACAUGCAGAGCUACGCCAGUACCUUGGGUGCCCUCAGGAGACUCUUGACCGACUGCACAGUAUGAAGGCCAUUUGUCUAAAGAUUGUAGAUAAUUUAGAAAAUGGAUUUGCAGAAGACGGAAGCAUGAUCACAAUGACAAACAGUAACAGGCAGGCCUCUGUUCAGCUGUGGAGGUCACGUCUGGGCCGGGUGAUGUACUCCAUGGCAAACUGUCUGCUAAUGAUGAAGGACUACGCUCUCGCAGUAGACGCCUAUCACACAGUCAUAAAGUAUUAUCCGGAGCAGGAGCCGCAGUUGCUGAGUGGCAUCGGAAGGAUUUUUCUUCAGAUUGGAGACAUAAAAACUGCUGAGACGUAUUUUCAAGAUGUGGAGAAAGUGAUCGAGAAUCUUGUAACGAAAGAGGAAGCGAACAAUAAGAUAAUGAUUCUGAUGAACAAAGCUUUUCUUCAUCUUGGUCAGAAUAACUUUUCUGUAGCUCACAAGUUCUUCACAGAGGUCCUGAAGUUGGACCCUACAAAUACUGUGGCAAAUAACAAUGCAGCAGUCUGCCUGCUUUAUUUGGGCAAAUUAAAGGAUUCCCUGAGGCAUCUGGAAGGAUUGGUUCAGCAGGACCCCAAACACUAUCUCCACGAGAGCGUUCUCUUCAAUUUGACAACUAUGUAUGAGCUGGAAUCCUCCCGCAGUAUGCAGAAGAAGCAAGCUCUGCUGGAGGCGGUAGCUGUCAAGGAAGGUGACAGCUUUAACACUCAGUGUCUGAAGCUGCUAUAAUUCCUUUACCGCUACAUCUCCUCGCAGUGAGGGGAGGCUGCAGAAAAAAUUUCCCUGUGUACAGAUUUCUGCUUGAAAAUGUAAAUGUUAUUCCGAGGUUAAAUACAAGAAUGUAAUUGAACGUCCCGAUAUUCUUCUAUGCUCUGAAUCCCCUCAAUAAAUAUAAUACAAUGUCAGCUUUG